AGAUUCUACGGCGAGAAAGGCGUUCAUUUACAGACGUCUGGUUUGUGUGUGCAUUUGAGCACUGAUUGUGUCCUGUCCUAAUCAUUUCUCUUGCAUUGUAAUUAUUGCAGCGUAAUACAUACUAAACAACAAUGAGUGACGCCGAGAAGGAAUUCGUGGAGCGGGAGUCUCGUUCGGCCUCUAGGAGCGCAAGUCCUAGAGGAUCUGCUAAGUCUGGCAGUCGCUCAGCUGAACGCUCGCCUGCUCAUUCCAAAGAGGGGUCCCAUCAUUCCCGCUCAAAAUCCCGCUCACGCUCCCGGUCCAAGACAAGGUCUCGUUCCCAUCGGAGUUCUCGAAGACAUUACAGUCGAUCGCGUUCACGCUCUUAUUCUCGCCGGAGACGUUCACGCAGCCGCUCAUACAGCAGUGAAUAUCACCGCCGCCGCAGCAGUCACAGCCACUCUCCGAUGUCCAACCGCAGACGACAUAUUGGUGAUCGGGCAAAUCCAGACCCAAACUGCUGCUUGGGAGUGUUCGGACUGAGCCUGUACACCACAGAGAGAGACCUGAGGGAGGUCUUCUCUAAAUAUGGCCCUCUGAGUGAUGUGUGCAUUGUGUAUGACCAGCAGUCUCGGCGCUCCAGGGGUUUCGCUUUUGUCUACUUUGAGAACAGAGAAGAUUCAAAAGAGGCUAAAGAGCGAGCAAAUGGUAUGGAGCUUGAUGGCCGGAGAAUCAGAGUAGACUACUCCAUUACCAAGAGGCCACACACACCUACUCCUGGAAUAUAUAUGGGCAGACCGACAUAUGGCGGUGGGCCGAGUGUAAGCCGUCGGCGGGAUAGCUACGAUCGAGGAUAUGAACGUGGAUAUGAUCGCUAUGAAGACAGAGACUACUACAACAACAGGAGAAGAUCCCCGUCUCCUUACUACAGCCGAGGACCGUACAGGUCAAGAUCACGCUCUCGCUCCUACUCUCCUCGUCAUUACUGAAGUGAAGUUCAGCUCCUCUCUUGAAGAUGACUACAAUAUUGUUGACGACGUAGAUGUUUAUUUCUGGUGGCAUGAGUCUCGAUGUACUUUUCCUUCGAUUUUCUUGCCUAAAGGUUUCAUGUGUCUUUGACUGAUCUGGAUGUUUCAUUAGUGGGAUGAAUAUUUUUGCACUGUUGUUGAGUUUUUGUUUUGUUUAAUUUUUUAAUUUUUUUCGUUCCCGUUCUGAUGCUAAACUUGCGUUUGUUUUAUAAUAUGAUAAAGUGUCCGGCUCACAUCCCCGUAUGCUUUCAUGCAUUUUAAGCUUAGCAGUGGUCUUGCAAUAAACUGCUUUAUACCUCCCA